AUGUCACGAACUCCGCACAGCCACCACGACAACGAGCUGCAAAUAUUGCCAUCGGCUGAGACGGAGGACAUUGAGGACUACUCAUCGAUCUAUGGCUCAUGGGACGGCGAAGCCGAGGCCGGGGUCGAGUCGGAGCUGGCGGCUCGGGCGGCGGGGCCAGCAGGAGCGAGCUCGCCGGACCUGCAAGUCCGUGUCAAUGCGCAUGAUGCGGCAGCGGCGGCGGCAGCGGUCGGUGGUGCGGCAAACACCAUCGCUGAGGCCAUGCUCCGCAACCGGCGCAAAGCCAAUGCCAGCUACCGCUAUGCUACCGACCUCAACGCGUCGAUCUCGGGCACGACGGCGGUGCAGGCGAUUCGGACGCGGGCGCGGGGAAUGUCGUCGGAAUCGAUGACUUCGGCUGAUGUCGCGCAGCCAGCCUCAUCGCAGGGGGCGCAGCCGAUCUCGCCGACCUCAGCGAACGCGCCGCUCCCAACACCCGCUCCGCCUAUUCCGCCGCCGCCGCCGCCGCCGCUGCCGCCGCCGGACGCGUGGGCCGAGCUCCUCCCGCGCGACCGGCGAAUGAUCCGCAAGCAUGACCGGGUUAAGCGAACGCCGAUGCUCGGCAUUCCGCUCAUCAUGCCGAUGGAGACACAGAUGUUCACGCCCGGCUUUAUCCGGGCGUUCCUCUCGGUGCCGCUGGCAGCGCUGGCGACGUUUGCAUCGAUUGCGUUUGCGCUCGCCGGCCUGGUGGUGGCGCUAACGCCAGCACACGAGCAGGCGUACGCGCUUCCGCUCGAGCACGGCAUGUGGUUCUGGUCGGCGGCACUCGCCGGCUGGGUGGUCAUGCGGCUCCUCAUCACGGUGACCUACAACGUGCUCAAGCCGCGGUUCUACCUCACGUUUACCUUCUACCUCUUUGAGGGCGCACAGCUUGAUCUGACCUCAGUCUGCUGGGCCAUCACGCUCCUCAUUGUCACGCCCACGGUUGUCGACUCGGGCACUGAGGCGCGGCUCCGAACGCUGCUUGUGGACAUUCAGCUGAUGGUGCUCUUUGUCUUUCUCGCCCACCUCAUCAAGUUUGCCAUCGAGCGCGUGUACCUCGAGCACAUUCACUUUGAGUUGUUUGGCGCAGAGCUCGAGCAGCACGUCAAGAACGAAGAGAUUGUGUGCAAGCUGACAACAUGCUGCAAGAGGGCCAAGGAAAAGUGGAUGACGCCGGUCAUGCCGCCGCACACCCACGACCUGCACAAAACGAUGCGGGCGCUGCUCGGGCAGGUCCUCUCGGACGAUUUGCAUCUCUUCUCCGAGGGUGAGAAGCGGCAGGCGUCGGCUGUGCGGGCGGCGGACUUGAUGGAGAAUCUCGACCGCAACGACAAGGGCUACUUCAACCUCGCGGACUUGGAGCGGGUGAUGGACCAUCCGGAUGCGGUGCGGGCCAUGUCGAUGUUCGCGGCGUCGCGACGGAUCAACCUGGCAACGCUCGAGGUCGACUACGACCUUGCGGUCUCGACCAUCUUUGACAUUUUCCAGUCGCGCGAGACGACGUACCGCAUGCUGCGCGACCGCGGGCAGGUUGCCUCGGUCCUGCACGCCUUUACCGGAGCGCUCUUCUGGUCACUAGUCUUUUUCUUCAUCCUCUCGUUCCUCGGAGUUGACGUCCUCCAGGUCCUUCUCCCGCUCCUCCUCGGUCUCGCGUUUAUCUUUGGCUCGUCAGCGCAGGCGGCGUGGCAGUCAUUCCUGUACAUCUUUGUGGUUCGGCCGUUUUUCACCGGCGAUCGGUUCACGCUCGAAGGCUACCCGACGCUCAUUGUGGACUCGAUCUACCUGUUCACGACCGAAGCCCACUCUCCGGACGGGCGGCAGUUUAUCAUCCCCAACUCGAUGCUGUUCACCUCUGUGCUCACCUCGUACAAGCGGUCGAAGGACUACGCCAUCAACGCGACCAUCAACAUGGACUCGCACGUGACGGCCCAGCAGGUCGCCGACAUCGAGGCCCGGGUCCUCCGCUUCUUCUUUGACGACAACUCGGCGCCGUGGAACACCGACAACUUUAUGGUUUGGGUCGACUCGAUCGAGAACUCGGCCAACAAGCUCACACUCAAUGUGUGGAUCGGCCUCCUCGGCGUCUCCUGGCAGAGGCCGGCCCGAUUCCUCGUCCCCAAGUCGCGUCUUCUCCUCAAGCUGCAAGAGAUUCUCAUCGACUUGGGCAUCACCUUUGUCCAUCCCACCCAGCCGAUCGUCCUCGAGUCGUCUUCGAUUCCGCGGAUCAAAUCUGAUUGA